UCUUAAUAAAACCAAUGAUCUCGUCCUCCUGAUCGAUUUUCCCCAUUUUCAUUUCCGCUCUUUUCCAUUCCAUUCCUUUCCUUUCCCUUCUCCGACCACGGAAUCAGUUUCCUUCUUCUCCGAUCAAACUCUCUCAAAUUCAGAUCUUUCUGUAAUGCCGUUUCUCUAGAGAUUUCCUCAUCAGGUUCUUUUAUCCUUAUUAAUUACAUGCAUUAUUAAUUUAAUCAUAUUUCUUGAAUAUUUGCCAAAUUUCGGUUUAAUCAACGGAGCAAUCGCCGACGAUAACUCCCGAGAAAUGGCCGAGCAACCGCUAAAACCGCCGCCUCUCCAGAAACCGCCGGGUUACCGAGACCCGGCGGCGCCGGGAAAGCCAGUGGCCCGACCGCCGCAGAGGAAGCCGGUCCUGCCGGCGUCGUUCCACCCCCGGAAGCGACGACGGAACUGGUGCCGCACCUGCUGCUGCUUCGUUUUCGUCUUCCUCCUCCUCCUAACCCUCGCCGUCGCCAUCGCCGGCGGGAUUUUCUACCUCUGGUUCGAGCCGAAGCUCCCCGUCUUCCACCUCCAGUCGCUCCGGAUCCCGCAAUUCAACGUCACCGUCAAGCCCGACGGGACCUACCUCGACGCCGGCACCGUCACCCGCAUCGAGGUCAAGAAUCCAAACGGGAAAUUGGAGCUCUAUUACGGUGGGACCCACGUAGAGGUAUCGGUUGGGGAGGAUGAGGAUGCGGAGCUUGGGAGGAAGGAUUUGGAAGGGUUCACGCAGGGGAAGGAGAAUACGACGAGCUUGAAGGUCGAAACGACGGUGAAGAACCAGUUGGUGGACGAUGGGUUAGGGAAGAGACUGAAGAGUGGGUACAAGAGUAAGGAUUUGGUGGUGAAAAUUGAGGCCAAGACUAGCGUGGGGUAUAUUGUACAAGGUGUGAAGAUAGGGACUGUGGAAGUGGGUGUUUUGUGUGGUGGUGUCAGCUUGAAGAAGCUUGAUAGUGGUGACAUGCCCAAGUGCUCCAUUGAUUUGCUCAAAUGGAUCAAGAUACACUGAUAAAGUCCUUGCACAUGAAGGGUGUUAAUAGAAGAGAAAUAUAUCAUUUUGGGGCUGCAAUUUUCGGCCGACAUUUGUACGUAAACAAACACUGGCUUGUUCCUAAUUUAAUAUUUUUAUAUGUAUUAUAUAAUAAACCUAUACGUCAUACGACAUAUUCUUCGCUUGGGAAAAAGAUAAGAGAAAGGAGGGGGCAUCAUUUACAUUUAUAGUAGUCUAACGUGUAUCCAUGUUUAAGCUUUGGGGGUUUUUUUUUUCUAUUUAUUUAUUAUUUUUUGUUCUUUGUAGUGGAAAUAUCAGUUUAAAAGUGGGAUUGGAUUGGUUUAUUAUGAAUUUAUUCUUUUGGUGGUUGAAUUAGUAAAUUAUUCUCAAUUU